GCCGAAAUCGAGUCGAUAGCUCGAACGGAAGACAAAUCAACGAAAUCAACCGAACGGGUCAAAUCGAGUCAAAAUACGAAAUCGACCCAUCAAUCCGGCGUGGAGGUUAAUCUGCCGGCGAUAUCAACUCGGGGCAGCGGCCGGAUGCGGCGAUGGUGACGGACGCCGGCGACAGUGGCGUAGCGGCAGCUCGACGGCGGUGAGCAGCGACUGGCGGCGCUGCACUCGACGGCGGCGCUGCACUCGACGACGGUGGAUGGCCGCUGUGCAAAGGGCGACGACGGCGCUCGAUUCCGGCGAAGGCGAAGCAGCGGCUGGAAGCUCGGCGACGGCGGCUGGAGGCUCGGCGACGCUGAGCGGCGGCUACUGGCGAAGGAAGCAGCGGCGGCGCUGCAACUCGGCGCUGGCAGUGGAGGCGACGGACUUCCGGCGAAGGAUGGGCAGCGACUGGCUUCCGGCGAGGCUCUGGCUUGCGCGACGCCGGCGUGGUCGAACGGUAGAGGACGACCGGCGCUGGCUGCUGCAAUUGGACAGCGACGACUGGCAGCUGGCUCACGGCGGCGCUGCACCAGUCGGCGAUGAUGGCGGCGAGGCUGGGGAAGGCGACGGCGGCUCCAAUUGGACGGCGAACGACCGGCUGGGGAACUUCCGGCGGCGAUCGAUCGGCGAAGAAGAAAUGGAAGAAGAAGAAAGAAGAAGAAAGAAGAAGGAAGAAGAAGAGAAACGAAGAAGAAGAACGAAGAAGGACGGACGAACGAACGAGAGAAGAUAAGGAUUGUGUGGCUGAGGUUUAGGUUUAUUUAAUGAUCCCAUUCCAAAAAGGAUUGGGCUUCGGACCCAAAAUACCUGAUUAAAUGGUCAUAACUUGAGCUCUGUAACUCCGAUUCGCGAGCCGUCUGAACCGACGCGAUCACAAAAAUAUUUCCUACGAGAUGACAUAAAAGUUGGGCUUAAAAUCCAAAUUAUAAUUUUAACCCCUUUUUAGGCCCAAUUCGUAAUCAAUUGCUCUGACAAUU